AUGGUAAAACUUGAUCGUGGAUCAGGUAUUCUUCUUCAUAUUAUUAGUCUUCCUGGACCAAAUGGUAUCGGAGAUAUUGGUGAUGAAGCAUAUAAAUUUGUUGAUUUCUUAAUUGAAUGUAAUCAAAAAAUUUGGCAGAUUCUGCCUUUAACUGCCAGCGAAAAACCUUCACCAUAUUCUGGUACAUCAGCUUUUGCCGGUAAUCCAUUAUUGAUUAGUUUAGAAAAAUUAGUUGAUGACGGUCUACUUGUUCAAUCGGAUAUUGAAUCUAAUCGACCAAAAUUUGGUGAUCAAAUUGAACUUAGGAAAGUAUUGAAAUGGAAAUAUAGUGUAUUAAAUCGUGCAUAUAAUAAUUAUAAAAAAAAUAAUUUAGCAAAAUUAAAAAAAGAAAUUGAUGCAUUCGUUAAAAAAGAACAAUACUGGCUUGAUGAUUAUACGCUUUAUAUGUCGAUUAAAGCUGAACAAAAUAAUCAAUCAUGGUCAAAAUGGCCAAAAGAAUUAAAACAGUGCGAUAAAAAAGUUUUAAAACAAAAACGACAAGAAUAUGCAGAUGUUAUUGAUCAACAUAUAUUUCUUCAAUAUAUUUUUUUUCAUCAAUGGAGCCAAUUAAAACAGUAUGCUAAUCAACAUGAAAUUCUCAUUCUUGGCGAUAUGCCUGUCUAUGUUGAUUAUGAUAGUGCUGAUGUUUGGGCAAAUCAAUCACUAUUUCAACUUGAUCCAAAAACUGCACUACCAACAGUAGUAUCAGGUGCACCAUCUGAUUCAUUUAGUGAAAACGGACAAUUAUGGAAUAAUCCGAUUUAUGAUUGGACGGGUAAUCUACGUAAAACAAAUUUCGAUUGGUGGAUAAAACGUUUGAAAAAAUCUUUGGAAACAGUUGAUGUUCUUCGUAUUGAUCACUUUCGUGGUUUAGAAGCUUAUUGGGCUAUUCCAAUUGGAUCAGAUGGAAAACCGAAACCACCAAGCAAAGGUUCAUGGAUUACAGCUUGUGAUGAAUUUCUAACAGCAGUGACCAAAGCACUUGGUUAUGAUUUACCAUUAAUUGUUGAAGAUUUAGGUUAUUUAACUCAAGAAGUAUUUGAUCUUCGUGAUAAAUAUAAUCUUAAUGGUAUGCGUGUUCUUCAAUUUGGAUUUGGUACUAAUGGAAGUAAUAUGUAUUUACCACAUAAUUAUGUUCCAAAUAGUGUUGUUUAUACUGGAACUCAUGAUAAUAAUACAACAAUUGCAUGGUUUCGUCACAAUGCAACGAAAAAAGAAAAAGAAAAUUUAAUUAAAUAUUUACAAAAAGAAGGUGAUCCGGAACAUAAUAUUAAUUGGGACUUCAUUCGAUUGGUACAUACAAGUGUAGCUAAUACAUCGAUUAUUCUAUUCCAAGAUGUACUUAAUCUUGAAGAAGAUUGUCAAAUGAAUCAUCCAAUAUUUACACCAGAUUGUGAAGAAAAUUGGCGUUGGCGAUUUACAUGGGAACAAUUAACACAAUCAGACAAAGACAAACUUCAAACAUUAACACAAAUCUGUGGACGAUUUAUUAUACCUGAAGAAUCAUCAGUACAAUCGUUAGAAGAACCAUCACAAAAAUCAUUAGAAGAACGAGAUAAAUAA